AUGAGUGUCUACUGGGAUACCGCGACAAUUGUCACGGGCUCGAGGGGAGUACCGGGUCGUGACACAAGCUCUCCUCAGUUAGCAAACAAUGUUAAAGAAUAUCUAAGUUCUCACUUCAAAUUGAAGGACCUUGGAGAAGUUGAACAUUUCCUAGGAUUGGAAGUAGCCAGAUCAGUAAAAGGCUUUUCUAUUUGUCAAAGGAAAUAUGUCUUAGAUAUGUUGGAUGAGCAUGGUUUUCUGGGAGCAAAGCCAGUAUCAACACCAAUAGAUUAUAACCAUAAACUUGAAAAGGCAACAGAUGAAGAACAAUUAAACAAUGUUCCUGUUUAUCAUCAACUCAUUGGAAAACUAUUAUACUUAACCUUCACAAGGCCAAAGAUAUCCUAUGCUAUUCAAACGCUUUCUCAGUUUAUGGAUAAGCCAGGGCACAUUCAUCUCAUGGCAACCUAUAGAGUACUAAAAUCCAUAACAGGAUUCUGUGUUUUUAUUGGUGAAUCACUAGUAAGCUGGAAGUCUAAGAAGCAAUCAGUUGUUGCUAAGAGUUUUGCAGAAGCAGAGUACCAUUCUAUGGCUGCAGCCUGCUGUGAAGUAAUGUGGUUGAAAUCUCUACUUUCUGAUUUUGGAAUUGAACAUUCUACAUCCAUAAAGCUCUACACAGAUAGUCAAUCAGCCAAGGGCGUGGAUGCAGGAGAAUAUGCUCGGCAACUGAUGGCUAACGCCAUCAUAGCUGUUUAUGAAGAGCAUAAGCUUAAGGGAAAUGUUGAUCUUGGGAAGAGUCUUGCAUACAGUCCUUAUCAAUUGGGGAAUAGCGAUUAG